AUGCAUCUGGCCAUUGGGGGUUUCGACGUUCCCCACAAGCCCAAUGACAAUGUCGACGUUUAUCCAUUCGCGAACGGUGACAUGGGCGAGAACGAUACGGCAGCAUUUGACCCGGUCUUUUUCUUCCACCACUGCUAUAUAGACUACAUGUUCUGGAAGUGGCAGGAUACUCACAACAAGUCCAAACAACUGGACAUCAUACCUGGCCUCAAAGGCACAGAGGGACUGAGUCUAGACACCCCUCUGGAUCCAUUCACCAGAGAGGAUAUUACGCCCGGGGAUACGCGACCGAUGACAUCCAAUGAUGUCACCAACACAGCUACUCUUGGGUACGAUUAUCCCAGACCGAGGGGUCAUUUCCAACUCCCUGGACCAGACCUCAGAGAAGGACCCAAAAUCACGGCGACUGGCAUCAAUCGCGCUCGAAUACGCGGUUCCUUCGUGGUUUCGACCUGGGCCAAGGGCAAGAAUGGCCUGCCAGAUAUGCUUUUGGAUACGAAAUCGGUUCUCAGUCGGUGGGAUGUCGGAAGCUGCGAUAAUUGCCAAGACUAUCUCGACAUCAAAUCGCACCGGAAGCUGUACGGAUUUUCGGACGAUGAUGCGCUGGACAUGGAUUUCUAUGCGCUGGUACAUACUAGAGACAACCCUGAAGGGGUCGACACUAUUGAAGGCAACAAGAUCCAGGCCGAAAUUUUGACAGCACAGUGA